AUAUCUCUUUAUUUGUAGAAACUUAUGAGGCAGCUCACACAAAACUGAACGAUGCGACUUUAACGUCUGACCUCUCUGGAGCAGAAAUUGGUAAAAGAAGAUCUAUCCCAACUUCUCUGCCUUCUUUUCCUACUCAUCCUGCCCUGGUCAUGGACUCUGAAAUAUUGGCAUCUAGCAAUGCAGUUAACACGCCCCUUGAUAAUAAUGUGGAACAAGAAGUCGCCGUUCCUCUAUCUGAUACGAAUCAAAAUCCCGAAAUUAUUUAUUACCAACCCGUGGACGACAACAAUUUCCAAGCUGAAGUUUUGAGAAGAUUGGAAUCCAUGUCGCUGACCCUGCAGGAGCAUGGCCGUAGUCUUGCUGCAAUUACGGAACAAAUUGCUGCACAAUUAUCGUCAGUCCGUGUGCCCUUGACUUAUGAAUUUGAAGUUGGAACCUUUCCGUGCAAAAAUAUAGAAAGCCUGAGAAAUCUUGAAUUACUUCUGACACGUGAUGCAUGGGCUCGUAAAAAAAUGGUUGAAAUUUUGCGAGGAUGUGGUGGAGGCACUAUUGAGGACGCAGUUGAUCUCAUGUUUAACAAACUGAUGACCGAAGAGGUCGCCGAAUUACAUAGCUUCAAAGGAAAGAGUAAAAAAACUGCAUUCUUAUCAUACGUGGAAUUGAAUGAUGCUUUAUUACUUGGACUUCAAUGCAACACUAAGAUCAAGGCAAAUGCAACAUUGGAAGCUCUACAUUUGGCGAUUCCCAAAACUCUGAAGAAAGCUGCAGACAGAUUAAGAACUCGGAAGAGAGCAGCCAAUGGACCUAUUAUUCCUACAAUAAACCCAGUGGAUGGUGAACAGGCAGCAAGUUCUAAUUCUAUUGCUUGAUAUUUGUUGUUAUACUUUUCAACGCGAUGUAUCAUUGAAUAAAGUAAGCUACCAUGAGCGAAAUCACUGCGAAAUCGGAGAGAU